CCUUCCCAAAGGUGGUGGGAUUGGAGCCACGGCGCUUGCGCACUGGCCGCCCCUGCUGGCGCCGGCUCCGCGGCUCCUGCGCAGCUCCCGCCGCGGUGCCAAGCGCGGCGCCCGCCCGCCCCGAAGAGCUGCUCCCGUGCGCGGCCGCGGGAGCGCACGCCAGCCCCACGCCCGCGCCUCUCCGCUUGAUCUUUGCUGGCGGCGGCGGUGAGCCGGCUGGCCGGCCGUGGGGGCGCCCACGCUUGCGCGACAGCUGCGCGCGCUCCGCCUGCAGGGGGCUCCUCCGGGCGCGCAGCUGGCAGGCGGGCGGGCGGGCGGGAGAAGCUGACAGGCUCGCGGCUGCCGGGAAAGACGCCCCUUCGGAGAUGCUAAGGGGAGGCACCGCCGCCGCCGCCGCGCGCGGCCAGCGGGACGACUUCGGCGUGUCCUCCGGCCGCCGCUGAAGGAGGAGGACCCCAGCGCCGCCGCGCUGCCCCUCCGAGGCGGACUUGCCCCGGACGCGCAAAGGGCACGAACUUUUCCCCGCGCCCCGCUACCUCAGGCAGCGGCUCCGCCGGCGGCGGGCAGAGACGGAGAGCGGCGACUCCGGCAGGACUCCACGGGCCCCCGCGCGGCUCUGCAUGGAAACCUCACAGAAGCCCCAUGCAAGUGGAACCUAUAGCUUUCAGGACCAGAGCAUUCAUUCUGAUACUAAAGUGGAGUGCAGCUCUUGUGUAGAAGCAGAGGAAAGAACAAUUUCAAGACAGCAGAUGAGUUGUGAAAGGGGUCAACUAAGGGGUAAUCAGGAAGCGACAGCACCUCCUGACACAAUGGCACAGCCUUAUGCCUCGGCCCAGUUCGCUCCUCCUCAGAACGGCAUCCCGGCGGAAUACACCGCACCCCACCCUCACCCCACCCCCGACUACACAGGCCAGACCACCGUUCCAGAGCACACGUUAAAUAUGUACCCGCCUGCUCAGACGCACUCUGAACCAAACACAAGCGACACAAAUGCACAAACUGUCUCAGGCACAGCCACACAGACAGACGAUGCAGCACAGACUGAUGGCCAGCAACAGACACAAUCCUCUGAAAACACAGAAAACAAAUCACAGCCCAAACGGCUCCAUGUCUCAAAUAUACCCUUCAGAUUCCGAGACCCAGAUCUCAGACAAAUGUUUGGGCAAUUUGGUAAAAUCUUAGAUGUUGAAAUUAUUUUUAAUGAGCGCGGCUCCAAGGGAUUUGGUUUCGUUACUUUCGAAAAUAGUGCUGAUGCGGAAAGGGCGAGGGAGAAAUUACACGGCACCGUGGUAGAGGGCCGUAAAAUCGAGGUAAAUAACGCAACAGCACGUGUCAUGACAAAUAAGAAGACGGUCAACCCUUAUACGAAUGGUUGGAAAUUAAACCCCGUUGUCGGCGCAGUCUAUAGUCCAGAAUUCUAUGCAGGCAGGGUGCUGCUGUGCCAAGCAAACCAGGAGGGAUCUCCCGUGUACAGUGCCCCCAGUUCACUAGUAUACACAUCCACAAUGCCAGGUUUCCCAUAUCCUGCUGCGACUGCCGCUGCAGCGUACAGAGGGGCACAUCUAAGAGGCAGAGGCCGCACCGUCUACAACACAUUCCGUGCUGCAGCCCCUCCUCCUCCAAUUCCGGCAUACGGCGGUGUUGUUUACCAGGAUGGAUUUUAUGGUGCAGACAUUUAUGGUGGUUAUGCUGCCUACCGGUAUGCCCAGCCUACCACAGCCACUGCAGCUGCCUACAGUGACAGUUACGGACGACUUUAUGCUGCAGACCCCUACCACCACACACUUGCUCCAGCAGCCACCUACGGCGUUGGUGCCAUGAAUGCUUUUGCACCCUUGACUGAUGCCAAGACUAGGAGCCAUGCUGACCAUGAUGUCGGUCUCGUUCUUUCUUCAUUGCAGGCUAGUAUAUACCGAGGGGGAUACAGCCGUUUUGCUCCAUACUAAAUGACAAAAGCAUAAAACCCUUCCAAUGUGGGGGAGAAAGGAAGCUUUCCGAGGCCUGGGUAUUGCAAUACAUGCAGUAGUGCAUCAUUUUAGCAACUCUAAAAAAACAAAAAACAAAAAAUUACAAAUAAAAAAGAGGAAAAAAAUCUACAUUUUUUAUCUUAUACCUCAGAUAUUUUGUUCUGUGUAUUUUAAUAUUGUGGGUCCUUUAAUUUCCGAAGGUUAUAUAGUUUGAUUGCUGGCUGUAGAAGGUUUUUGUUUUAUUAUCAUUAUUCUUAAUUAUUCUUAAUUAAUUAAUUAUUUAUUUAUUUACUUUAUUUAUUUAUUUGAUUUCCUUGUUGUGGUUGAUCUAGAAAGCUGCUAGAAAUGAACUUUAAAAAAAAAUACUGUUUGGGGGCCACAAUCAAGACUGCUAUAUCAUGUAAAUGAAUUAUAUAUGCUGAAUAUUAAGCUAUCAGGAUUUCCUCACUUGUUUUUGUAAGCGUGUAAGCGACAUCAUAUUUUUUUGUUUCUGUAACAUAUAUUUUAAUUUUCAAAAUGGGAGGGAGAGAGGGAAUAUUGAGAAGGUGGAAGUGGGGUUCGAUUCGAUACGAUGUGGGACCCCACUGCACCUCCAAUCAUAUAUCAACUGUCUUAAAUUAUUCACUGUUUAUUCAAAGCCAAAGGUUCUGUUCUUAAUUUUGAGGGUGGGGAAGGGGUGGAUGGGUGGGGAGGGCAGAAAGAGGGGUGCUUCAACAGACACCUGUACAUAAAAUCUAAUUAAAAGCUGUCCAAAGGCACCCUUUUAAUGUAUUCCACCAGGCAGUAUUCAGCUCCAAUCAUAACUAGUUCUUUAGGCAAAAAAAAGAGAGAGAGAGAAAUACCUGCUAGUUAAAUCAUGAACAAGCAUUCUUUUUUAUAUUUCUUCCAGUAUAAUGAAUUAUUGAUAUCAUUGCAGACUUUUAUAUUAUGGGAGGGUUAAAAAAAAUAAAAAAGGUGAUAAAAGCACUGUUUCUAUUUUUUUUCUUUUUUUUCCAAAAAAAAAAAAGAAAGUAAUAAAAACUGAAUUCUUUGUACCGGUUUAACAAAAAAAAAAGUGUAUAAAAAUUUACAUCUGUGCAGUGGAAUUAUUCAGUUCAAGGAAUUUACACAGCUACGAUGCUUUAGAUUUUAAACUCAGUAGACCAACAGCUAGAGACAACACAUAUUAUCAUUUUUACAGAAUUCAAUGCUAUUCAUCUUUCAAAAACUUUAAAAAAAAGUUAUAUACACAUUUUACAAGUACUGCAACCAUUGGAUAGAGAUGAUCAUGGUAUUUUCAUCCGCUUGGUACUUUUUGAAACAUGACUGUGUUGUGUGAACAAACUGCAAUUUUUCAAGUUGUUCCAAGCAACCCCCUUCUGUCCAUUUCUCUAAACCCAAGGCCGUUACAUGCGUUAUUUUAUUCUAUUUCAUUUUUUGUAAUUCAUGGGUCCAAGGCGACAUUCAAAAUAAGGCAAAUGAAUAACAUGAGGGCUCUUUUAUGUCAGACAUGGCUUGUCUGGGUUCCUCUGAUACUCCCUCGAGGCACUUAAGAACCAAUUCUCAAUGUUCUGGCACAUCUGAAGAAUUGCAGUUUGUCUGUGCAUAUGUUUGGAUUCCUUCCAUGUAGUCCUGUUUACAAGUUAGCCUAAGUUGGGGUGUUUGUCAGGGGUCUUCUUGUUUUUGUAUUUAAAAAAAUAAAAUAAAAGCAGACAAGCUGUCCCGUGACGGUUUUGCUGAAAAUAGUUAUAUUCUCAUGUGUACCGUGCGUGCCAAAAAGUGGCACACACUUUAGUUAAAAAUUAUCAAUUCACCGCUGUGAACCUGCCAACUCACUAUAAACAAAUCUGCUUUUUAAACAGUGUUUGUGAUCAGGCUUUCUCUUUGUCAUCGUAAUGUGCAUGCAAUAUGAUCAGUUGAACAAUAACCAUCAAUAAAGUUUCACAAGAUUUGAAAACAAGGUUUCUGGAGCAUUUCUAUCCAAGGAGGAGGAAAAUCAGUAAACCAUCUUUGUCAAAUCCACUAUGGGAAAGGAGAGCAACAAAGAGAGAGGGGGAGGGAUGGAGAGAGAGUUGGGGGGCAGAGAGAAAGUAUCAAUACACUAAUCCAUGAAAAAUAUUGGCUACUAAACUUGGUGAUCAAUGAAAAAUAUUGGCUACUAAAAAUUGCCGUCCCCAGUAAUGUGGGAACAAACCAACACCAUAAUCAUGCUCAAACCCCCCUGCUUUAGACGUAGGCUGCAGUCUGGAGGAAUUGCCCAAAUCCACAUUUCCCAAGCCGUUUCUUUUUCUUUCUGCAGAUCCCUGUCCCACCCAUUGAACCACAUGCUGCUUUCAAAACUCAGGAGAGUUUCCAAAGCAGUUUGUGGGGCAAGGCAAGACUGUACUGAAGCAAAAGAAACCCACCCUUUACUGAGAGACGUGGGGAGGUUCGUGUGGGUGGGGAGCACACACUCCCCACCCCACAGCCACAAGAAAUGACCACAAGACGUGUGGCACACACUUGCCAAAUAAUUGGAUUGUGGUGAUGCUUUCUUUAAUUUGUCAGAAGAUCCAUAUGGCUCGAUCUUAAAACUUCCCAUAUCAACAAAUACAUAAUUAAGAGUGGGGUUCAGCUACUGCUGUCUCAGUGUACCUCUCAAAGAAUGGUACAAAGCACCAGAACAUUAUCCUGUGCUUGCCUUUAUGACGGAGAUGCAGACUGCAUCUCUUACUGAGUUCAGCGUAUAGGAGAUGAUCCUCCAUGAUUUUUCGCAGGCGUAGUGAGGCAAAUAUGUCACGGCCAACGUUUAGGAACUAUGGCAAUUCUCUAUGUGAGUUUAUAUCUUAAAUGCCAUAGAAAGACAUAUUCAGCAGAUAUUAGGAUUUUCAAGGUCAUAAAUGGUGCAUACCGACAUACCUUCACAACAUAUUUGCCAGAUAUAGUUGUCAGCAAUUCAAAUGCUGGGCCUUGUUGUUUGCCUUCAGGUGAGCUAUCUGCCUUUCCUCCCAAAGUGUCACAUCAAUGUGUUUAUUUAAACGUUUGUUCAUCUGGGGUUCCCCCCCCCCCAGGAAGAUUUAAAAACAGCUGCAAAACCACUUUCGGAGUAGGAAGAGGUGGGUUUGUGACUGCACAUGCAUCAGCCAAUCAGUGCUGUGCAUAGCUAGUUUCUGCUGCAUACUAGCAGAAAUGGUUCUUCCCUGCGUUCAGUCCUGGACAGGGAAUUAUCUAUCUCUUCACAGUUUGGUGAGUGAGCUUGUACAAGCAGCUGGACUGAUCAAGCAAUGUAUGUCUGUAUGCACCCUGGAAGACUUUUAAAAAAUUAACACAUAGAUCUUUUGAUGUGUGGGGGAUAAGUUAGUUUACCAUAUUAAUUUUAAAUACAUGGAAGUAUCACUCCCCACCCCACCCCCAGCCCAGCCCACAAAAAGUACCUGAUGUUUUGGUCUUGGAGGUAAUUACAAAUGGACAAGGUUGCCAAAUGCUGUUAGGAAUAUUUUUGUGAAAACUCCUACAACACGGACAGUCAUUCAUUUUAUGCAAAUGUAUGUCUGAUAUAGGGAAUGGUUUUUUUUCUGUUAUAUAAAUUACUAUUGAUAAUAUGAAUUCUGAUUUUAAAGAAAUGAUUAAUACCAUAUGUAGAAUAUCGUGAAUUCAAAACAGUUACAAAUCUUAAAACCCAACAAGUGUGUAUAUCUGUCUUUAGAGAUUAGUGUUUAUAUCACUACAGUGGUUUGUGAAUAAAGAAAAAAAAAUGGUUUGUAAUAUUAAAAUAAAAGCUUAGUCUGAAACAGUGUAAAUAAAUUUGUGUUCAGAGUU